GUUGUUAUUUUCCUCACUCACUCAUUCAUUCAUUCACUCUCACUCACUCUCAUCCACACUUGUCUCUUUCCCUAUCUAUCUCUCACCUGACCCUUUCUUCUUCAUCUUUCUUUCCGGCGGUGGUUGUCACGGUGGUUCCGCCAACAACAACAAUGGGGAAAGGUGGAUCUCUAAGCGACGGCGUAGUGAAGAAGAUCGUCCUCUCCUACACCUACGUAGCCAUAUGGAUCUUCCUCUCCUUCACCGUAAUCGUCUACAACAAAUACAUCCUCGACAAGAAGAUGUACAAUUGGCCAUUCCCAAUCUCCCUCACCAUGAUCCACAUGUCCUUCUGCGCCUCCCUCGCCUUCUUCCUCGUCCGCGUCCUCCGCCUCGUCGAACCCGUCUCCAUGUCUCGCGACGUCUACCUCUCCUCCGUCGUCCCCAUCGGCGCUCUCUACUCCCUCUCCCUCUGGCUCUCCAACUCCGCCUACAUCUACCUCUCCGUCUCCUUCAUCCAAAUGCUCAAAGCCCUCAUGCCCGUCGCUGUUUACUCCAUCGGCGUCCUCCUCCGCAAAGAAUCCUACAAAAACGACACCAUGUGUAACAUGCUCUCCAUCUCCGCCGGCGUCGCCGUCGCCGCCUACGGCGAAGCCCGUUUCGAUACAUGGGGUGUCCUCCUCCAGCUCGGCGCCGUCGCGUUUGAAGCCACCAGGCUUGUCCUCAUCCAAAUCCUCCUCACCUCCAAAGGGAUCUCGCUCAACCCCAUCACAUCACUCUACUACGUCGCUCCCUGCUGCUUGGUCUUCCUCUCUGUGCCAUGGAUCUUCGUUGAAUACCCUGUUCUGAAAGAAACCUCGAGCUUCCAUUUCGAUUUCGUCAUCUUCGGUACCAAUUCGCUCUGCGCUUUUGCGUUGAAUCUGGCGGUGUUUCUUCUGGUUGGGAAAACUUCUGCUCUGACGAUGAAUGUGGCUGGGGUUGUGAAGGAUUGGCUGUUGAUCGCGUUCUCUUGGUCUGUCAUCAAGGAUACUGUGACACCCAUCAAUUUGUUUGGGUAUGGGCUUGCUUUUCUGGGUGUGGCGUAUUACAAUCAUUCCAAGUUGCAGGCUAUGAAGGCCAAGGAAUCGCAGAAGAAAAUUGCACAGGCUGAUGAUGAGGAAUCAGGAAGGUUGCUUGAGAACAACAGAGAUGGUGAAGGCAAGAGGAAUGAGCAGCAGAAUUGAUUUUGACUUGAAUCUGAUUUGAUGUAUGAACUAAUAAAACAAGGAGGAAGAACAAUCUGGAGAAGCUAAAUGGAAUUUACAUCCUUUGGGCAUGUUGCUGAUUAGGAGUUGCUACUAGAGUAAGAGUCUCAGGUUCUUUACUUUGUCAUCAUUUUUCCAUUUCCCCUUUUUUUGUUGCUUAGUUCUAUCUAUGUCAUUGUAGGAACUCUCAAUCUAUUGAGUUUUAAUUUUCAAAUGCUUUAUUUAUUCA